UUAUUAUUAUUAUUAUUAUUAUUGUUGUGUCACUUGUGUGUGUGAUUUUAUUAUGAUGAUGAUUUAAAAAUCCAAAAUGGCAAACGUUCGUAUUCUUGGAAAAUUUACCAAUAAUUUAUUGGCCAGGAAAUCAUUGAAUGUCGCUUUACCAACAUCUGGAUUAUGUAUUCAGCCAUCAAGACAAAAAUAUUUUAUUGUAACACCAAAAGACAGUUCAUUAUGGGCAAAUGUUGCUCCAGAUGAAGGUACAAGAAUCUAUGCAAGAGAAAUUGGUAUUGGAUUGUUAACAACAUUACAAUGUUUUUUCAAGGAACCAGUUACAAUAAAUUAUCCAUUUGAAAAAGGACCAUUGAGUCCAAGAUUUCGUGGUGAACAUGCCUUAAGAAGAUAUCCAUCUGGAGAGGAACGUUGUAUUGCUUGUAAAUUAUGUGAAGCAAUAUGUCCAGCUCAAGCAAUAACAAUUGAAGCUGAAGAACGUGCUGAUGGCUCAAGAAGAACAACAAGAUACGAUAUUGAUAUGACUAAAUGUAUUUAUUGUGGUUUUUGUCAAGAAGCUUGUCCAGUUGAUGCCAUUGUUGAGGGGCCAAAUUUUGAAUUUUCAACUGAAACUCAUGAAGAAUUGUUAUAUAACAAAGAAAAAUUGUUAAACAAUGGUGAUAGAUGGGAAUCUGAAAUAGCAAACAACAUUCAUGCUGAUCAUCUUUAUCGUUGAUUAAUUGUCUAGUAGUAUUGUAUCUACCAAUUUUAAAUAACAACUACUAUUUCUUUUUAAAUCUAUUUCUAGUUUCUCUGUACAUGAAGAUUAUUAUUACAAACAAUAAUAAAUAAUCUGGAAUAUAAUAAAAAUAAAUUAUUGUAAUAAAUGAA